AUUGUGUCUGUUACACAGGUACAGUGUGCAUUCUGCUCAGGUGUGGUGGGACACUGGGAGGCAGGCGACGAUCCCAGCAAAGAGCAUCGGCGCCACUUCCCCUCAUGUCCUCUGCACUUUAAUGUCCCUGUUGGCAACAUUCCCCUGGGGCAGUCUAAUGAUAGCGUGCAGCAGUAUCAGAAUGCCCGUGACGGCUUUGCUCUCAGAGAAUUUCGGCCCUUCUCGGCUCCAGAGAGGAUUGUCGUGUCGGGGGGUACAGUGAGCAAGCAACAUGACUUCACCGAGCUGGGCAUACAGACACAUCGUGGCCCAAGGCAUCCCAAGUACGCAACAGUAGAGUCUCGGUUACGAACGUUUAUAAACUGGUCGCCCACCGUGCACCAGACGCCUCAACAACUUGCUCAGGCUGGAUUCUACUCUGUUG